AUGGCGAGUGAACACCCUCACGUUGUCGACACUCAUACAUUGCCUUCUAGUCGAUCUCUGGAAGAUAUCGUCUUGUUAGUUGGUAUCCAUGAUUCUGUUUAUCUGGAAAGUAUGGAGGAAGUUUCUCUUAAUACUGAUCCAGUUGUUGAUGAUGAUGCCGAUGAAUUCGAGAUUGAAGGUGAUUGUGAAAUGGCAGAAUGUGUUAGGCAAAGUGGUGUUAUUCAAGGAGAGAAUCCUCUGCCUCCUGUCGUCGGAAUGGAAUUUGAUUCAUACGAGGAUGUAUAUUACUUUUACAAUUGUUAUGCCAAGGAACAGGGAUUCGGUGUUAGAGUAAGCAACACAUGGUAUCGGAAGAGCAAAGAAAGAUACAGAGGCAAAUUGGGCUGCAGUAUUGCAGGAUUCAAGAAGAAGAGUGAAACAAACCGGCCAAGACCUGAAACAAGGACUGGAUGCCCUGCGAUGAUAAAAUUCAGGGUGAUGGAUAACAAAAGCCCUGUGAGUGGAAAAUUCUACAAGUCCCAUAAGCAAUUAGGUCUUGGAACCAAAAGAGCACUGCAGAUAGACAGUGCUGAAGAAGUCCAAAAGCUUAGGGUUUUUCGAACAGUGAUUGUUGAUGUUGAAGGGAAUGGAAGUGCAGAAGUCAGUGAUGGAGAACUCCAGACUGCUCAUAACCAAACCAAUCAAUUAAGGCUUAAAAAUGGAGAUGCACAAGCUAUUCAUAAUUAUUUUAGCCACUUGCAACUGAUUGAUCCAAACUUCUUUUAUGUGUUGGAUCUCAACGAGAAAGGAUGUUUGAGGAAUUUAUUCUGGACCAGUGCAAGGUCUAGAGUUGCAUACGGUUACUUCGGUGAUGUAGUUGCAAUCAAUCGACACUUCCUGCUUAACGGACAAAUACGAAGUCCCACUGGUUUCGUUUGUUGGAGUGAAUCAUCAUGGGCAGUCUGUGCUUUUGGGUUGUGGUUUGCUUGCAGGUGA